AUGUGCCUACAGGUGUCCAGCUAUGUGGAAACCGAUUUGGGCCAUUCCUCUGUUAUUGGCGUUAUGAUGACCAAUCGUAGAGCUUACGACCAUGCAAAUUGGAUUAAACAAUCGUACUUCAACAUGAGUUCGACUGAAGUGUACACGACUUGCCAACGAUCAGCCACCCUACAGCGUCGCCAUUCCACCUACCAGGAUGUUGACGGAAAUGAUGAACAUAGCCAGGUGAUGGACCUUGAUCGAAUACUGAACACUCGUAUAGACGGACUUGAAAUCGCUUUUGAAAGGACGAAAGCCUGGAGCAAUUACUCAAAGGAUCUGUUGUCCUACAUCCGCGCCCGUCUUCAGCUAGAACAGGAACAUGCUCGCAAAGUGACGACGUUGGUUGAACAACAUGUACGACGGGCCGCAUAUUUCUUUUCGAUAGGCUAUCGAUACUUGUGCCCCAAUUUAAUUGUUUUGCAGCCGUUUAUGCCACUACGAGAUGUGUUCGAAAGCAGUUUUGACAGUGAUAUCGACUUGGUCGGCAGGACGAAGGAGACCACUGAUCACCUGAAGGCUCGAGUCGUUGAA